UUUCAACAAAACGUCAAAAUAUUUAUUAUUAUUGUUAAUAUCACAUAAAAUUAUUUAUUGAUCAUUUAUUCCGAGAUUUUACUAUAAUUUCCAAAUAAAAAGGAUAUCCUUUACUGUCUUCCGCAUAUUUCUCUGCAUCUUUGAUGGCAAAACAUGGCCGGAGACCCAUUGGUUGUACAGGCUCUUUUCACCUUUAAAGGGAGCAAUAACGAUGAGCUGUGUUUUAAGAAAGGUGAUGUCAUCACUGUAACACAGAAAGACGAAGGGUGGUGGGAAGGGACUCUCAAUGGGAAAACUGGAUGGUUUCCUAGUAAUUAUGUUAAGGAAUGUAUUGAUGUACCAGUGCCCAUUGUCCAGCAAGAAAACCAAUACAAAAACGUAGUAUUAAAAGAUCUCAUAGACUCGGAAAAGGCUUACGUCCAAGAACUCGAAGGGCUCAUCUCUAAUUAUUUACAACCUCUAGAAAAAAACAAUGUAAUAGGCCAAGAUGAAUUCAAACAACUAACAAGCAACAUCGCGGAUGUGCUGGAAACUCAUCAGCAACUCUUGAAGUUGGUGGAGCAAGAAUUCGCGAAACCAGGAAGUGACCAGUUGGUGGGAAAACUGUUCCUCACGUGGGCCCCCAAGGUCAAAGCGGUGCAUCAAAUUUUCUGUUCCCUACAUCCGAGGGCCGCUGUCAUAUUGGAUAAAUGCAAGGAUGAAUUAUCGAAAUUUAUGGAAUCACGAGGGGCGGUCAGUCCUGGAAUACUGGUGCUCACCACUUUACUUAGUAAACCUUUCAGAAGAUUGGAAAAAUACUCGGGUAUUUUGCAAGAACUGGAACGACACGUGGAGGAGUGUCAUCCGGAUCGGGGUGACACUCAACGGUCUGUCAGUAUUUAUAAGGAAAUCGCUACCACGUGUUUGGCUACGAGGCGGCAAAAAGAACUGGAACUACAAGUAUUAACUGGACCGGUGAGAGGUUGGGAGGGACCCAGCUUAGCCACUUUAGGUGACAUAAUUUAUAUGGGAAGUGUGGCAGUGGGCACCCACCACCACGACCGAUAUUUCGUCCUGUUCCCCACCACUUUAGUGAUACUCUCGGUCAGUCAUAGACUAAGUGCCUUCAUUUAUGAAGGCAAACUGUUUUUGUCCGGGUUAACGGUCUGCCGCUUGGAGGACACCGAAUCCGUGAAGAACGCGUUUGAAAUUAGCGCUCCGAUGAUCGAUCGACGCGUCGUCAUUUGUCAAAGUCGUCAGGAGGCGGACCACUGGGUGGAACUUUUAUCGAAACACGUCGGAUCGAGGGUCUCCACCACAUCGACCAACAGCGGGCAUAAAGUGUUGCCUAGUCAGGCGCAGUAUGUGCCACAACCACCGCCACACCAGCAGCAGCAGCAACAUCAUCACUCGACCCUAAACCAUCGAGGCUACACUACUCGUACCUCCGUCUUAGCCUAUAAAACGUCGAUAAACUAUCGACCUACUUAUCCCCCGUCCCAUUACCCUUCCGCCGCCCCCUAUGCCGCCCUCACGAAAUAUUUUUCGCGAAAAAUCCGAGAGAAAGUGAUAACGCGCAAACUGUUACGCAACCUCCUUUACAUCGAACAUUUAAACAAAAUGAACCUGAACGCGGUGAAAAUUCGACACCAUAAAACGGAGAUCGUCAUCGUGACGAAGAAUUUGCAUAUAAGAGACAGCGUGAUUAAUUGUAGUGAUAGCGACGACGAGGAUGACGAAUCCGAAUCUUCUAACGAAGAUUUCAAUUUAAAGCGACAAAACGCGUUGAUGCAAAGUGACACGUCCAGCAGCGAUUCCAGUAACCCCUUCGGGUACAUAAGGUACUACAAUCCUCAAACCGGAUCGGAAAAAGAAGAGACUUAUAAAUUUGAGAGUUUUAUAGACUAUGGGGCGCCGUACGCUCCACAACCCGUACCGAAAAUUGUCGAAGAACAACCGAAGAAACCGAGCGUGAUGUUAACAUCCACCGCGAAUUUGAAUUUAUUGAAGAAACAGUGGUCGGAGGAGUCGAACGCUUCUAGUUUGGCCCCUGCCCGGAACCCCGGGAUGGCGUGCGAGAAUCUCUUGAUGUUGAACGAAAGUCUGGAGAUGGACAAUCUACGAGCACCAGAAUUGGCGCCACAGUUGCCCAUGAUGAGACGGAGUUGUCCCACCAAACUUGUCGGCAACAAGUUUAACCAGAGCAGUUUGACUGCCGUUUACAUUCCCCCGUGGUCAGGCAGCGAGAAUAAUAUCGCCUGCGUUAGAAAGCAACCGCAAGAAACUCGCCGAAACAGCAGCCAAUCAUCGAGCACCACCACCCACUCGAGCAGCCUGGAGGUGCCGGUGAAUCCGGUACCUCUACCGGACGCCAUGGUGGGCGAGCUCCUCUACGGCGAGUUCGCCAAAAGUGUCAGCGUGGAAACGGUGAUAAAACCCCCCACGAUGUUCACCAACACCACCAAGACCGACAAUUCAUCAUCCUCGACAGUCAGUCUCAAUAUGGAACACGUGCCGUUCCGGAAACACAGUAUUAAUAGCGAUAAGCCGAGACGCAGGUGCAGCAUCCAACUGAACCCGACUGAUUUAUUAAAUAGCGCGAAAGCGUUAAAACGGUGCGUCAGUUCGAAAUAUUUGAACAUGAAAGCGGGCACGUCGCAGUGCCGGUGCGGCCUGGAGAACUGCCACAGCCCCCGAUCCUCGGACUCGGGAAUGGCGGGCAGUUGCACCCUAAACAGUCCCGAUAUGGCACGGGCGAUGAUGAUGAGAGACAGCGGGAACAGCGAGUACAAUAUGGCACUUUUUAACGAUUGCGGCAUCAGCUUAAGCGAAAUCGACGCGCAAACGUACGAGAACGAGUGUCCGUGUUCUUCUCCCUUCGGUUCGAUGUCCACUCCACGCACCUCUAGUGAGGCGUCGCACACGAGAGAUUCUUUGUGCACCACGUCCGUGACCAGCAUGGAAAUGGCGGUCGCGGGGGGACCGCAAAAGUCAAAAUCGACCGGUUCGAUCCUGGAUUGCGUUAAUUUAAGGGUGUCGGAGCACGGGGGGAACGAGGCGGAAGGGGCGGAUGAUGAGGACGAGGAUGCGCCCACGUUUAAAUCCGGUCUGUACGCGCACUGGUGGCUCAAAGCGAAAUUGCCGCCCGAGGUGAUCAGGGGGAUCUACGAGGGCACAAGGGCGGAGAGGGCAGACGUCUCCGUUGGUCGCCGCCCAAAACCAUAACCUCAACGCGGCCCAGCAAACGGGCGGCGGUAGUCAACGCGGCGCCGCCCUUCGCUGCUCGUCGCCGACGGCGGUGACGGGGGGCGGCGCAACGUGGUCCGCGGUCUGUUUGAGACCGACGCCGCCCCUCAGGCCGUGUCUCGCCCUCGGA